AUGGUAUUGCCUGGCUUUGUUUCUGGUGGUUCCAUAGGUGGACCUCCCCUCAUCCCCAUGCCAACUUAUCAGAACAGAGAACAACAACAACAGGGGACUUCUGAGAUGUCAGUGAUUCAAACUACUCUUCACCUUAAAGCAUAUCUAAAUUAUGGUCAUGAAGAUGACAUGGUGAUAGAAUUGGAAAAUGUAGUGAGAAAAGUACAUGGAUACACAGGUUUAGGAAUACAAAAAGAGAGCAACAACAACAAUAGAAGCAAAAAUAGAUUAACCGGACCUUCUCAUAAACCCAAGACACCUCAUAAAUUGCUUCAUCUUCUUGAAGUAAUUGCCAUGAACACCUGA